AGGAAGGUGUCACUGUUUUCUAUUUAGACCAACAACUUCAAAUUCUUAACAUGGAAAAUUCAGAGAAGACAGAAGUAGUUCUUCUUGCUUGUGGUUCCUUUAAUCCCAUCACCAACAUGCACCUCAGGUUGUUUGAGCUGGCCAAGGACUACAUGAAUGGAACAGGAAAAUACACAGUCAUCAAAGGCAUCAUUUCUCCUGUUGGUGAUGCAUACAAGAAGAAAGGACUCAUCCCUGCCCAUCACCGAGUUAUCAUGGCAGAACUGGCCACCAAGAAUUCAGAAUGGGUGGAAGUGGACACAUGGGAAAGUCUUCAGAAAGAGUGGAUAGAGACUGUUAAGGUGCUAAGACACCAUCAAGAGAAACUGGAAGCUGGCAACUAUGGUCACCAACAGAACUCACCUACGCCUGAAAGACUGGGACGGAAGAGGAAGUUGACUGAACAAAGGCAAGACCCUAGUCAGAAGAAAUCCCUAGAGCCCAAAUCCAAAGGUGUGCCAAAGGUCAAGCUGCUGUGUGGGGCAGAUUUCUUAGAGUCCUUCGGUGUUCCCAAUCUGUGGAAAAGUGAGGAUAUCACCCAAAUCGUGGCGGACUAUGGGCUGGUAUGUAUCACUCGGGCUGGAAAUGAUGCUCAGAAGUUCAUCUAUGAAUCUGACAUGCUGUGGCAGCACCAGGGCAACAUUCACCUGGUGUACGAAUGGAUCCCUAACGACAUCUCAUCCACGAAGAUCCGGAGAGCCCUCCGGAGGGGCCAGAGCAUUCGCUACUUGGUGCCAGAUCUUGUCCAAGAAUACAUCAAAAAGCACAAUCUCUACAACUCCAAGAGUGAAGACAGGAAUGCUGGGGUGACCCUGGCUCCUUUGCAGAGAAACACCGCAGGAACCAAGGUCUAGGUUCUACAGCAGGGGUUUUGGACUUCCUGCUAGGAAUUUGAGGCAAUCAGGGUAUCAGUAACUGGAAAAGAGCUGUGAUUCCCGCUGGGGAUUUGAGGCAAUCAGGGUAUUAGUAACUGGGAAAGGAGCUGUGAUCCUGUUCAUAAACUAGCGCUUACAAGUUUGGUAAAAGUCAGUGGUACAUCAAAA